AUGCUGGUCCACGCGUAUCGGUACUCGAUCAAUGACGGGUUCACAGGCGUCGACGUGUUCUUCCCCAUCUCUGGCUACCUCAUCACGUACUCCCGCCGCAUCUGCCACAUCUUCCCACCGCUGCUGCUCGUGCUCACAUUCACGCUGGUCGUAGGCUGCGUGUGGCUGCCCGACAAGUCGGUCCAGUCCAUGACCAUCACCCUCGGGGCCGGGACGCAACAUCCAGCUGCUGACCGUCCAACAGGGCUACUUUGA